AUGCCUUAUUCUCUCAUGUUAACAUCAGUUGGUCUCAUCUCGUCUCACCCCGCUGCUUGCAAUGCAUUGGCAAAAUAUGCUGCUGCUAAUAUAAAGGACAUUGAAUUGGACUUCAUCCAUCAACAUGCAAAGGGCAUUCUGGCAUCUUCCCCCAUUAGCUAUCUAAAGGCCGCUCAACUGAGGGGUUCGCUCUUCCAAGACAGCUGCGACAAUGGAGCUAUAUCAUCUGUGUUCACCAAGUUCUAUGUUGAUCAUACCGAGCCUUUAGUGGUGUUGGAACAGUACAAGAAAAAAGGUCAAUGGUGCUUGGGUGAUCUUCUUGACGGACAUGAGUUUCUUGCUGUUUUUCCUAUUGCGCCUGUGAGCCCAGUUCACGACAAUAACUAG